GAGGUGCAACUAGAUGACUAACUCCAACGAGUGCACUAGUACGUCUGGCACUCACUUGAAAUCCCCAGGAAGGAGAGGAGAAAGAAGAUUUUGUGCGCCGUAGUUUAUUCGACUAUUUAGUAAAUACAUAUUAUCAAACAUUACCAUGAAGUUACUGUGGGCUGUCAGUGCCCUUCUGUUGGGCUGUUGGCAAGCCGGAGCUUUCACAGCCUCAAAGAUCAUUACUGAUCCUCUUGAGGUCCGCAACCAGACCUCUGCUGUUCUCAGCUGUAACUUGACAGACCCCACCCUUCACAUUAAGGGAUCGCACUGGCUGCAUGAUGGCAAACUCCUUGAAGAUUCAAAGUCCACCAGUUCCCAACUAUUCACAGUCCUCCGUUUGGAGAAGAUUUCCACACAUUCUGGUGGGAAGUAUGAAUGUGUGUUCUUGACUGAUCCAGACAUUAAUGGGACAAUAGAAGUCAAAACCCUUCCCCACGUUGGAGCCUACAAGCAUUCUGAGCAUGCCAACGAGAAUGACAAAGCUGUGUUAACCUGUGUGAGCCACAGCUAUCCACUGCCCACAUCUUGGGAAUGGGCCAAAGAGAUGGAUGGUAGUCAAACAUUGAUCAACGGCAGUACUGACAAAUAUGAGAUCAAGAGCACCCCUAACAAGACAACUCUCACCAUUGUUGACCUGAGCAUUGAAAAGGACAUUGGAGACUAUGUCUGCUUCGGAACAAAUGAACUUGGCACAAACUCCGACAAGAUCCACCUGCGUGUCCGCAGUAGCCUGGCAGCUCUCUGGCCCUUCCUCGGCAUUGUGGCUGAGGUCAUCAUCCUUGUGACCAUCAUCUUCAUCUAUGAGAAGAGGAGAAAGCCUGAUGAAGUCAAUGACGAUGAUGACUCAGGAUCUGCCCCCCUGAAGAGCAAUUCGACUGCAAAUCACAAAGACAAGAAUGUGAGGCAAAGGAAUUCUAACUAGAAGCUGAAAGAGAUGCACAUGCAGAUCACAGUCCAGGAUUCAGCUGUUGUGUGGCACAUCAUAUGGUGCACCUUGAAAUUUUCAGUACCUUCUUUUGCUUGGGUGUUAAUGUUUUAAGAAAGUGACUGGUUUCUUCUGGUGUAGUUUUCUUCUGUAUCCUCCACGUUGUGCACCCAGAGAUCAUAGUGAGAUCAAAUUUCUGCUUGAGGCUGUGGGGCAACUGUUGCAUGAGUUUAAAUGCUGUUCUAGCAAAGUGUUUGUGGUAAAAUCAUUAGAAUGCUCGUGAGGAAUGCUUAGUUUGUAGAUAUUUGUUUAUACUAAUACUUCCUAUCCUACAUUGACCUCAGUUUGUCAGUAUUUGCUUUUAUACUUUCCAAUACUGAGGUGUUUUGUAAAGCAGCAUAAGUGGAUCUGAACCAUUUUUGAUCUCUAACAUCGCUGCCAUUGUUACAUCCAAGUCUGGAGUGCAUUUUGAAUUCACAUUUGGUCUGUCCCUACACCACCACAAACCUCCCUCCCUUGCCUUAACAAGCGCCAUUUAUCUUGUCUUUGCAUUUUGGUUACUUGCUACAAGAAUUAAAUGUGACACAGAAGUAGGAUUCAAUGUGUUGGGUUUUGUCGCUUGAAUAAAUUGGGUUUUUUAUUGAAAGCUCUUGUCAUUUUUAAAAAUUUUUUGUAAUAUUUACAUAUAUUAAACUGAAGUUUUAGGAAGUUAUUUUAGUUGAAUGAAACUAAUGCUACGCAUCGUCUAAAACUGCAAAUAAACAUUUAUUUCCUGUUACGUGAUUUGAGAUUUAACCCUUUGUGUGCGAUUUGGAUUGUCAUUUUAUCUCCUCGGUGUAGAUGAGUCACAAGCUAUAGUGACUGGAUGUUACAUUUCACAAAUAAAAAAAGACCUAACCUGAA